ACUUUUUUUUUGACACAUCAGCUACUUCGUUUCGUUCCAUCCGCGAAGCAGAAUAGCAGAGAGUUAACUUUUUUUUUCGCUACCGCCGUGUUUAUCGCGAAAGUUCAAGCUGGUGUCUACGGGAAAAAAGUGGUCAACUAGCGCAGAAUCCUCCGGUACCGUGAAUAUUGACCAAACGUGCCGAAGGAGCAGCAUGUUGCAGCGAUAAAUAAACUUGCUGCAUCGUCAUUCUUUCACUUUGCGUGCUGAUGAGUGAAAAAAGCGAAAAAAGAAAGGCUCGAUUGGAAGAGCAAGAAGAAGAAGAAGAAGAGUAGGAAAACGAAAUCGUCGGAUUGAGAAACCAGUAAAUUCGUAGGAAUCGGCUGUUCAGAGCGAACCGUACGGCUGGAUAAUGGCACUCCGAAAGGUAAAGGGCAACUUCGAACGAAUGUUCGAUAAGAAUCUCACGGAUUUGGUGCGAGGAAUUCGGAACAACAAGGACAACGAAGCAAAGUAUAUUGCCCAGUGCAUGGAGGAGAUUAAACAGGAACUGCGACAGGAUAACAUCAACGUAAAAGCCAAUGCCGUCGCUAAGCUAACCUACCUUCAGAUGGGCGGAUACGACAUUAGUUGGGCAGGUUUUAACAUCAUCGAGGUAAUGAGUUCCAAUCGAUUCACCUGCAAGCGGAUCGGAUAUUUAGCUGCCAGCCAGUGCUUCCAUCCGGAUAGCGAACUGCUGAUGCUGACGACCAAUAUGGUUCGAAAGGAUCUAAGUUCGACCAAUCAGUACGAUGCCGGAGUGACUCUCUCCGGGCUAAGUUGUUUCAUUUCAACGGAUUUGUCCCGAGAUCUGGCAAAUGACAUCAUGACUUUGAUGAGUUCCACCCGACCAUAUCUUCGGAUGAAAGCCGUCCUGAUGAUGUAUAAGGUGUUUCUGCGAUAUCCGGAAGCACUGCGACCUGCCUUUCCGAAGCUGAAGGAAAAACUGGAAGAUCCGGACCCGGGGGUGCAAUCCGCGGCGGUUAACGUCAUCUGCGAGUUAGCCCGAAAAAAUCCGAAAAAUUAUCUCUCACUGGCACCGAUCUUCUUCAAGCUGAUGACCACCAGCACCAACAAUUGGAUGCUGAUAAAAAUUAUUAAACUGUUUGCCAGCCUGACGGCUAUCGAACCGGCCCUCGGUAGGAAAUUGACGCAUCCUUUGAUUGAGCUGAUUUCAAGCACCUCGGCAAUGAGCCUGCUGUACGAAUGCAUCAACACGGUGAUCGCGGUUCUGAUUAGCAUUAGCAGCGGCAUGCCGAAUCACAGUGCUUCCAUCCAACUGUGCGUUCAGAAACUGCGCAUCCUGAUUGAAGAUUCGGACCAGAACCUGAAGUACCUCGGUUUGCUGGCGAUGUCCAAGAUUCUGAAGACGCACCCGAAAAGCGUUCAAACCCAUAAAGAUCUGAUCCUGGCCUGUCUGGAUGAUAAGGACGAAUCGAUUCGAUUGCGUGCGCUGGAUCUGCUGUACGGUAUGGUUUCGAAGAAGAACCUGAUGGAGAUCGUGCGGCGGUUGUUGGGACACAUGGAACGAGCCGAGGGUUCCGCGUACCGCGACGAGCUACUGUUCAAGGUGAUCGAGAUCUGUUCGCAGGGUUCGUACCAGUACGUGACCAAUUUCGAGUGGUAUCUGACGGUGCUGGUUGAGUUGAUUCAGCUGGAAUCCGGAUCGAAACACGGCAAGGUGAUCGCUACCCAACUGCUAGACGUGGCGAUCCGUGUCCAAGCCGUUCGAACCUUUGCGGUCAACGAAAUGUCCAGUCUGCUGGCUAGCUAUCCGGUCACUUCCCAAAGUAGCACCAUGCACGAGGUGUUGUACGCGGCAGCUUGGAUCGUCGGAGAGUUCGGCAGUCACCUGGACAAUCCGGAACAAACACUCGGUACGCUGUUGUUACCCCGUCAGUUGCCCGGCCAUAUUCAAGCCGUUUACGUACAGAACGUGAUAAAGCUAUUCGCAAAUUUGGUGCAUGAUUGUUUGGAAGAAGACAACCUACCGAACAUCCGAAAGUAUUGCGACAUGUUGCUCGAUGGUCUUCCCGUUUAUUUGAGUUCUGGUGAUAUCGAAGUACAGGAACGGGCCAGCUCUGCCUUCGUGAUUGUUCAGAUGCUCAAAGAUCGACUGGAUGGUGGAAAUUCGGAAAUUCUCACCGAUAUCGAUACGGCGGUAGAUGAGGCAGCAGUUCUCGGCAAAUCAUCAUCGAUUCCGGCGGAGGUAGCGGAGUUAAUUGGGGAGAUUCGCGAACUGUUUGUGGGUGAUUUGAACCCGGUAGCACCGAAAGCGCAGCGCAAGGUUCCACUGCCGGACGGGUUGGAUCUGGACGCGUGGAUCAACACGCCACCGCAGGUUAGCAGCGAGUCGAGUGACGACGAAAAGUUCACACUGUUCGGCCAGAACGAUGAUGAGCCAGAUGAACCAAAUGGUGAUCAUAAAAAUUACAGGAAAAUCGAACACAGUCAAGAAGAACUGGAUAGGAUUCGCGAAGCCCGGCUCCUGGAACAGACGAACAACCCUAACUAUUUGAAGCCGGUGAAGAAGAUCGAUUCGGGUGACUACCAGAAUGCAACCGAGCCGUUGGAGGAUAUUCCGAUUGCCGAAAUCGCUCUGGAAGUUCCUCUCAAGAUACAUUCCACUAAGCGAUCGGACAAGUAUUUGCUAGAACAAUCCAAAACGGCCAAAUCGGAAGGGAAGAGUAAGAAGGGGCGGAAAAAAUCCAAGCGUCAUAAGAAAAGUAGCAAGCCAAACUACAGCGAAAGUGAUUCGGAAAGUGAUGAACCCAAACCGUUGCAUGUUGUCAACACGGUAGUCGAACUUCCGGAGGGUGCAAUCAUGUCCGACAACGAGGACAAGACGAACGAAGAUCCGGAUGAUCCACACCGUGCGCUAGACAUCAAUCUGGAUGUCCUUGUUGAAGUCGAUCGUCCAAAGCGCCCACCUCCCAAAUCGACUGCCCUCCUGUUGUCGGAACCGGGUGGUUCCUCCAUUGUUGACGUUCCACCAGGAAAAUCCAAAGCUAACCUGGAUACGACGAACGACGACGCCAGUCGAAAGGAAAAACGAAAGGACAAGGAACAUAAACAUCGGCGUCGUCACGGACGACGAACGACAGAGAAUGAAGGGCCGACUGAACCCGGUAGCCACAACGAUAAAUUAGGCAAAACAUCCUCACACUCGUCUUUGGGAUCCUCACGGGAAGCCAGACAGCCGAACCUAGUGGAUUCGCUUGGGCUAGAUUUGGGACAGCCGUCGAGCGAAAAACAAUCCAGCAAAAAGAAGAAAAAACAUUCGCAAGUGCAGAGUGCCAACGGAGAGGAUGCCGCAGCCAUGGAACAAAUGACGGAAAAGGUUCAUCACAGAAAGAAAAAGUCCAAGAAGGAUAAAUCUUCUAAACGCGAGAAACAAAUGAGCGGCUACGAAGAGGCACUAGGCAUCUCGACGCCUAGCAAAGAGAUUAUUUAAUAGAUCCUAUUCGCCAGCACUGAAGAAACCGGAAAGCCUGCUGUGUCCGCUAUCCGUAAUCCUAUACCUAAUGUCAAAGUACUCAUUAUCACUAUGAAUAUCAGCUCACGAUUUGCUCCGUUUCCGCUGAAUGAGAUUUCCGGAAGUUUUCUACUCUCUAGACUCUAACCUCCCACUCUGUAUGUAGAUGAUGAUGAUGAUAACAAAACAAAUUAAGAGUUAAUAGAACCACAAGCUACUGUUGAAAAGGCUGACCAUCCGAUUUUACCGACAACCAGUGACCGUUUAUAGUUGGCUUGCGCAAUUUGUCCUGCAGGGACGUCUGUAGUGAAAAUGUAAUAAAUACCUAGCAGUCGAAGCCAAAUUUUUCUAACGCUUCUGACUUCGGUUUUAUGAUUGGCGAGACGUAAUGGGAAACGAUCUGCGAAAUAGGAAAACAAAAUGCAACUUACUUCUAGGAGAUAACUGUUAAUUAAUCAGUAAUUACAAGCAAAUGAGCAUUAUAUAUUAUUAUUACUAUUAUUAUAAUGGAAAAAUCAUCAGAAUAUAUAUAAUUUAUCUUAUA